AUGGCAUCCCUCCGCCUCACCCUCCCCCGGCAUGCCCUCCGCCAAACCUGCCUACCAACUCUCCACCCGACCCUAAGCCUCCCCCAAACCCGCAAACACUCCUCCGUCUCCGCCGACGAACUCACCCACUUCUCAGCCCUGGCCAGUUCCUGGUGGGACCCAAUGGGCCCCUCACGCAUCCUGCACCUAAUGAACCCCCUCCGCCACGAAUUCAUCGCCUCCUGCCUAGCCGAAGGCUCCCCAUCACCAACAACGGAGCCCCGCGCAACCCUCAACUACCUAGACGUCGGCUGCGGCGGGGGCAUCUUCGCCGAGUCCCUAGCGCGCACAAUCCCCUUAAACACCAACACAGCACCAACACCAACACUAGCCGCUACAAUGACAGCCAUCGACCCGUCAACGGAUCUAAUCCGUAUGGCGCGUUCGCACGCUCGCAAUGAUCCUACUGUCGAUGCGCAUCUUCGCUCCGGGAAAUUUAGGUAUUUGAAUACGACGUUGGAGGAUGUGAUUGCCGGAACGGCACCGACUACAACUGAAAGCUCAAGCCCAGGUUCAAGCUCAAGCCAAGACCUAAGCCAAAACUCAAAUCCAGCACAAUACGACAUCGUAACCCUCUUCGAAGUCCUCGAACACAUCGACCCCAAAACCUCAACUCCUUUAACGUUUCUCACAAACUGUCUCAAAGCCCUCAAACCCGGUGGCUGGCUAAUCGGGUCCACGAUCUCACGAACAUUGCCAUCAUUCCUGCUGAACCAGGUUAUCGCCGAGGCUCCGUGGCCUAUUGGUGUUGUGCCGCGGGGUACGCACGAGUGGAGCAAGUUUGUGAAUCCGGAUGAGGUUAAGGGCUGGUUGCAGGAGGGGUUGAUGAGGGUUGCGGAUUCGGGGGUUUAUCGUGGUGGGAGGGCGGAGGUUGAGGGGAUGAGGUGGAAGUGUGUGGGGGCGGUUUAUGUUCCUGGGAUUGGGUGGAAGAUGGUCAAAGGGAGUGAGGAUUGGGGGAAUUAUUUUUGGGCUGUUAGGAGGGAGUUUUAG